AGAAAGUGGGGGAACACAUUACAGCUACCGCACUAGUGCAGUGACGGUGAUAGAGCGAAACUUUUCGCUACCGCUCUCUCUAGAAACCAUUCAAAUUCCCUUUUUCCAUUCACACUAUGAAUCACACCCCCAAAACCCUAGAAAAAAAUUUGAAAAUUCUCCAUUAUUCUCUCCUUUUCUCCUAAUUCAAUGCAACCGCCCACCGUUUUCAUGCGAAUUUGGGGGAUCUCUUCCAUUUUCCAGUGAUCUAAAUCGCCCUUUGGGGCUUGGGUUUGGUGAUUUAGGGUUCGGGGGGAGGUGAAAUCGGGGGGCGAUGGGGUUGGAUUUGGGAGAUUUGGUUACGAAAUUGGGGAAGGCGACCUCGGAUUACCAAUCGGUUGUGUCGAUCAAUCUCUUCGUGGCGCUGCUGUGCGCGUGCAUCGUGAUCGGGCACCUCCUCGAGGAGAAUCGAUGGAUGAACGAGUCCAUCACCGCGCUCCUCAUCGGGCUGUGUUCUGGAGUUGUGAUACUCCUCACCACGCAGGGGAAGAGUUCACAUGUUCUCGUGUUUAGUGAGGAUCUCUUCUUCAUAUAUUUGCUCCCGCCGAUCAUCUUCAAUGCUGGGUUCCAAGUUAAAAAGAAACAGUUCUUCCGCAAUUUCAUGACAAUCGUACUGUUUGGUGCCGUUGGGACAUUGAUCUCCUUUGUCAUAAUUUCACUGGGUGCAAUAGGACUGUUCAACAAACUUGACAUAGGUGCAUUAGAAAUUGGAGAUUAUCUUGCGAUUGGAGCAAUCUUUUCUGCAACUGAUUCAGUUUGCACCUUACAGGUGCUUAAUCAAGAGGAGACACCUUUACUCUAUAGUCUGGUCUUUGGUGAAGGUGUUGUUAAUGAUGCCACGUCAGUCGUGCUAUUCAAUGCAAUUCAGAACUUUGAUCUUGUUCAUACUGAUGCCCUUGUUCUGCUAAAGUUUGUCGGAAAUUUCCUUUACCUAUUUGCAACCAGCACCUUUCUUGGUGCAUUUGCUGGGUUGCUUAGCGCCUAUAUUAUCAAGAAAUUAUAUUUUGGCAGACAUUCCACUGAUCGAGAAGUUGCCCUUAUGAUACUCAUGGCAUAUCUUUCUUAUAUGCUUGCAGAAUUGUUAGAUCUGAGUGGUAUACUCACUGUGUUCUUCUGUGGGAUUGUAAUGUCACACUACACAUGGCAUAAUGUGACAGAAAGUUCUAGAAUAACUACCAAGCAUGCUUUUGCUACAUUGUCUUUUAUUGCCGAAAUAUUCCUUUUUCUUUAUGUCGGCAUGGAUGCUUUGGACAUUGAAAAGUGGAAGUUUGUAAGUAACAGCCCUGGCAAGUCAAUUAGUUUGAGCGCGAUACUGUUGGGCCUGGUAUUGGUUGGAAGAGCUGCUUUUGUUUUCCCGCUGUCUUUAUUAUCCAACUUGAGUAAAAAAUCUCCAAAUGAAAAAAUCACAUUUAGGCAACAGGUGAUAAUAUGGUGGGCAGGUCUUAUGAGAGGAGCAGUAUCCAUUGCGCUAGCUUACAAUAAGUUCACUAGAUCUGGCCAUACUCAACAGCCUAGCAAUGCAAUCAUGAUCACCAGCACAAUCACCGUUGUUCUUUUCAGCACCAUGGUUUUUGGGUUACUGACUAAGCCUCUCAUAAGAUUCUUGCUGCCUAGAAGACAUCUGACCCGGGACCUCAGCAUGAAUUCAGAUCCUCCGAGUCCGAAGUCAUUCCUCGCCUCUCUUCUCGAGAACGAGCAGGGAUCCGGGGAGGGAACAGGUCAAAAUAUCACUCGCCCAACAAGCCUCCGCAUGCUCCUCACUGCGCCGGCUCGAUCGGUCCACCACUACUGGCGUAAGUUCGAUGAUGCCAUCAUGCGGCCGGUGUUCGGCGGCCGUGGCUUUGUUCCAGUCGUGCCCGGUUCCCCGACUGAAGCGACUUCCAAUGCGUGGCACUGAAUGCUAGAAAUACACCAAAAGGAUGUGAAAGAUCAAACCGAGGUCUCGCAAAAUUGUGCCCUACCUAAAAGUUAUAGGGUUCACGGGGCUUUAUGAAAUCUUGGGCACACUUUGCGAGGUAUCAUAUCGUGUUCUAUUAGUUCAUUUUUGCAUUCGACUUCUGUAUGCUAGUGCCUGUAUGCUACUGCUGUAAUGCAAUGUGUAUAUGAGAAUAGAUACUCUGAACCGCACAGCUUGUAGAUUACUUUUGUACGCGCAUGCAUACGUGUUAGUUAAAAGAGUGGUGUCUAGGGUUGUGCUACCAGAUGCAUUUUUCAUAAUUAGGAUGUAAUUUGUUGUAUUUUGCUAUCAUCAGGGGCUGUACUAUACAGAUACUCAAGUUAAUUGCCUAUGUAAAAAAGCUGCUUUACGUCGACAAACUAGUUCACCGUGUUUUGUGUAAUUCGAGCUUUCGGAUAUUGUUGUAGCAGAUCUGGAAUUUGUACAAUAGAAGCAUGCUGCUGCUUCUGCAAACAAUCUUUUGAAAGAGCACUUACUGCAGAAACUAUGGCUAAGGUCUCAAAUCUGCGAAGUUGUCGCUUCCGUCGGAGAAUCGUGUCGUCUGUAGACUGCUUGUUGAUUUUCUUGAUUUUGAUCUGCUGUCUAUUUUAUCUCUACUUUCAUUCUGUUGUAUAUUUUAUGUAAAAAUUAUAAAUCUGGCUAAGAAUGUGAUGGAGAUUUAACUUAA